ACAGAUUUUUUUUAAAUGUUUUUUUAUUAACUUAAAAUAAUGAAAAAAUCUGUAAUUUAUUAAUUCAUUUCCAGCAAAAAUGGGCGAAAAAUUCAAGGUUUUCGUGUAUGGAACCCUGAAAACAGGAGAGCCAAACUACAAGGUUCUGUCAGAAACUGACGGAGAAUAUCGAUUCAUCUCAUCUGGAACUACAGUGGAAAAGUUCCCAUUGGUAGUUGGAACCAAAUAUAACAUUCCAUUUUUGCUUGAUGAUGCUGGGAAUGGAAAUAACAUUGAAGGAGAAAUGUAUGAAGUUUGCGAGAAGAAAUUGAAGGUGCUCGAUGAGUUGGAAGCCUACCCAACAUUGUACGAUAGAAAGAAAGUUGAGAUCAAACUUCCGUCUGGCACUACUGAGACUGCGUUUAUCUAUCUGCUGAAAAGCUGGCGCCCAGAUCUACUUUCCACGUCAUCCGAAAUGAUGACCAACUACUCAAGCCUCGGAGCUCAUGGUAGACCUUAUGUGGACAGCGAGAACCUAACCAACGAGAAUGAAAUGUACGAAGCAAUGUGAUCACCGAGUAACAGUUCCUCAUCGUUAUAAUUUGAAUAAAUGAAUAAUAAUC